GAAGCGUCCUCGGUCACAAGGCUGCUGCAGAGGCAAACCCAAAGAAACAAAAAAAAAAACGAAUCUGAUUCGUCGUCGGUUGCAAAGCGAUGUUGCGCGCGCGCGUAUUUGGGGCGCAAGUCCACUCACCUGUGUGCAAAUAGCGGUGCGUGCCAUGCUGGUGGUGGUCGUGCCGCCCGCGGCGCGGCCGUCCCCCGCAGCGCUGGUCGUCGCCAUGCUCCCCGCGCUCGCGGUGGCCUGCCUCUGUGCCUACCUGCCCGCAGGUGCCUCGUUGAGAAGGCGCGGUCGCCGACCCUGUGCUGGAAGCACGCCACCCAGCGUGCGCGCCCCGACUGCGGACCAGUGUUGCUGAGGUUUUCCUUUAAAAGUUUUUCCAACGACUCACACGUAGAAUUAAUGUUGUUGGUAUUUAUCAGUCAAGGUAGUUGCACGGGGUCGACGUCAGUGUGUUUAGACGUUCUCCCUUCCACUCGCGACACGAGUCGCGGCACAGUCUCCCCUCACCCCUCUCUCCCCACCCAUCUCCCUCCCCUGUUCCCCAAUGGCUGGGACGUCGGACGGCUGCUGCUGCGGUGAGCCGGUCGACGCAUCUUUUUGUCGCGUUUUUACAGAGGAAUGGAUCACGAAAAAGAAGACAGAGCUGACGACAACGAAGCAGAUCGAGACGCGCGUCAAGCGUCAUGUUGUGCUGGAGGACGGCAAGGUGGUGGACGACUCGGGCCCCAUCGUCACCACCAACACCACCGAGGACACGGAGAAACAGGAGCACCAGCACACCGAGCAUCGCACGCACGGGGAUGAUCCCCCGUCCGGAGACGAGGGCUGGGUGGCGGUGCCGGGCCCGGGCGGCACGGUGCGGGAGGUGAAGGAGAAGAAGGUGCGCUCGCGCGAGGAGAAGGAGGAGCGCCGCGAGACGGAGGACAUCCACCACCACGGCGACAUCACCGAUGAGGUAAGGACACCAGCCGCAUGGGAGCGUGGCCACAAAAUGGUCACGCCACAGGGAACGUGUUAACGAACUUGGACGUUU